AUGGCUGAACCGACAAUUGUUCUUCGAAGUCCCGUUAAACCUGUAACAUCAUCAAUUCAAUGCUUAUCACCAAAUUCAUCAUUAAAUUCACCAACACAUAAUAGUACUGUUAUUAUUCUCAAAGAUAAUAAUAAUAAUGAUCAACAACAACAAUCAUCUACAACAACAAUUAAAAAUUCAAUAGAUAAUCAAUCAUUAUUUUCAUCUUUAAAAAGUGUUCAAUCCAAACUUUAUUAUGCUGGUUAUACUGGAUUAUAUAAUUUGGGUAAUACAUGUUAUGUUAAUUGUGUACUACAAUUACUUAGUCAUGUACCACAAUUUUGUGAUGCAAUUUGUUCUAUGAGUUUUGAAAGUCUUGGUUUAGAACAACCAUCAGAUGUGCCAAUGGUUGCUUCAUCACAUAAUCCAACACGUUUAAAAGGUGGUAGUCGUGGUUUACUCAAAGCACUUGAAGCUCAACCACGUCGAGUACCAUGUUAUCUUGCAUAUGAAUUACAUGGAACAUUUAAUAUAAUUUGGUCGGGUAAAUGUAUGGUUUAUUCACCAUUGAAUAUGAUUGCUGCUGUUCGACGUUUAUUACCGAGUUUUGAACCAUGUGCAAUGGAAGAUGCACAAGAAUUUCUUGAAGCACUAUUAUCUGCUGUUACAGAUGAAAUAAAAGCGAAUAAGUUAGCGGAUACAAAUAUAAUUAAUGAUCUAUUAGGUUUCUCGUCGGAAAGUCAGAUAUUAUGUGAACAAUGUCAUCGUUUAUCAGUCACAAAAACAGAUGAAACAUUUAUCACAUUAACAUUCUCAGAGAAGAUGCUUUGUGAUGUAAGAGGAUCUAGUCGUCGGCGUUCAUGCCAUCUUACAGAAAUGCUUGCUCAUUUUUAUCAAUGGGAAGCUUUAUCCACACCAUUUCAUUGUUCAAAUUGUACUGUUCGAAGUCCAUCAAAAGAAGGUACAAAAGCACAAAAACGUUUAAUAAUAUCGAAACUUCCACAAGUAUUACACGUUGUCUUACGUCGAUUUCGUUCAUUACCACAAACAACUUUACGACGACCAACAUCUCGUCAAGCACGUCAAUUAUCACAUAAAAUAACAUUACAUGUUAACUUCGAUGAAUAUCUUGAUAUGGCACCAUAUUGUACACAAUCAACACUUAAAUCUAUAUCAUCAACAUGUUCAAAACUCAAUGGUACUACAACGAAUGAAUGCUUAUAUCGUUUACGUGGUGUUAUUGUACAUUAUGGUAAAAGUAUCAAUACGGGACAUUUUGUUGCUUUUGUUUAUAAUGAUGUUCUUGGUGAAUGGCUUCGUUGUGAUGAUCAUAUUAUUGAACAAACAACAUUUGAAUCUGUUAAAACAUCGGAUGCUUAUAUACUUGUUUAUAGUAGAUGUAUGACAAAUACAGUUUCAUCUACUAUUCUAACAAAUCCAUCAAUUACAUCAAUGACAUGUCAAUUAGCUAAACGAAAACGAGCUAUAUCAGUUGAUAAUUUAAAUGAAUCGAAAGAUGAUUUAUUAAUAUCUGAAAAUAUGAAUGAAAUGAAUAUAAAACAAGAUAAAUCCGAUCAACAUUCUGAUGUAACAAAACAUUUGAAACUUUUCUGUCUUAAUUUGGAUCCAUUAGCAAGUGGUCUUCGUCGUCGAGCACAUUCACUUAAUUUUUCUAUUCGUAGUAGUCAACCUUCAGUUGAUAAUACGCGACAAAAUACUUUAAUAUUGCCUGCAGCUAAACGUCGACGUAUAGAACCGAUUAAUAAUCUUUCUCUAUCAGAAAAUAAUUCAUCAUCAUUAUCACAACAAAUAAUUCAAACAAGAACUAAAAUUUCAUCAACGGUAAAUAAUAAUGAUUCAUCAGUAAUUCCACCGAAAACAAAAAAAUCUACAAGAAGACGUCGUCGAACUGAUCCUUAUACGCGCAAACGACGAAUGACAAAAACAUCCAAUAGAAAAAAUCGACAUAAAAUCGAUGUAUCGAAUCUCGUACCUCUACCAUCAAUUGAUCAAACAAUAUCAACAGAAUCUCUUUUAUCAUCUGGAUGCUCACCUUUAUCAUUCACUUAUGAAAACACAAAUGAUCCAAAUAUACCAGUUACAAAGCGUGUUGGUCGUAUUCGAAUUCAGCGAUGCAUCAAUGGACCAACAACAACAACACAAUCAACUGUACGUUUAAUAACAUCCGGUGAAACUAAUACUCGUUUAUCUUUACCAUCACAACCAACUAUACAAUCAUCAUCAUUUUUAACUAGUUUAAUCACUAUGGCAACAACAACGACGACUACGUCAACGACAACUACAGGAAAGAGCAGUGUAACAUUGUCUCUUCAUCCUUUAGUUAUUAUGAAUAUAGCUGAACAUCAUACACGUAUUCGUGUUCAAACAUCGCAAGUAAAACCUGUUUAUGGUGCUUUAUUAGGUAAAAUAAAAGGUCGUCAUAUUGAAUUAUGUAAUACAUUUGAAUUUAAACUUCUUAAUGAUACAACAUCAACAUCAACAACUUCUAAUGUAACAAUUGAUAUGGAUUUUUUAACAAAAAAACUUGAAUUAAUUCGACAAGUUCAUCCUGAUCUUGAUUUUACCGGUUGGUAUACAGUUGAAAGUAAAGAUUGGAAUCCAUCUACAAUGAGUUCAUUUUAUGCUCAAUUAUGUUCACUUAAUGAAAGUCCACUUCUUCUUCGACUUGAUCCUAUUGGUGUAUCAAAUGAAUUACCCAUACAUGUAUAUGAAACAAUUGUUGAUUUAGGAACUAAAAUUGAUUUUAUUGAAAUACCUUAUACACUUAUAACUGAAGAAGCUGAACGUAUUGGUAUUGAUCAUGUUGCACGAUAUUCUGUAACUGAUGGUACAUCUGAUACAUCAAUUGUAUCUGAUCAAAUAGCUAUACAAUAUAAUGCUAUUCGUUUACUUUAUCAGCGUAUGCUUAUUCUACUUGAAUAUGUACGUGCAGUUAAACAAGGUCAAUUAGAAAGAAAUGAUGAUCUUUUACGUGAAAUUGGUUCUUUAUGUCAACGUUUACCUAUUAUAAAUACAGAUGAUAAUAAUAAUCAAAUGUUUCGUGAAGAUUUUGAUAUUCAACAAUCAGAUGUAGCUCUUUUAGCUUUAUUAGCAUGUUGUACACAAGAAAUUAGUACAUUGAACGAUUAUUUGAACAAAUUUCAAGUUGUGCAUGAUAAACAGCAACAUUCAUCUGGUCCCGGUGGUAGUUUUGGAUAUGGUGGUGGUGGCCGUCGAAUGGUUCGUGGUACUGGUUAUUUUCCAGCCUCGUUUGUCUGA